AUGAGGAUAAGAGUCCGUGAACGCGAUAAAGUUCAUGUUAUUACGAAUUUAACCGAUACUUCAACAUUUUUGGAGUUGAAACAAUCAAUUCAAACACUUACUGGAAUAUCGCCUUUGCAUCAAGAACUUAAGAUAGGCUAUCCACCUCGCGUUUGUAAAGCAGGAGAUCAGGAUACUUUAAUUUCAAUUGGGAUACAAAAUGGAGAAGUAAUCAUUCUCAGUGAACUGUCCUUAUCAGAAUUGGAUAGCCAGUCUAUAGCGAACACCUCGUCCACAAAGGACACCAUAUUCAUACGUGUGGAAAACGGAUUUGUUAUCCUGAGAGAAAUGGAUGAUGAUAAUUCUUGUCUAUUUCGUGCAAUUGUUAUCAUUGAGCAUAUUAAAAAGGAUUCAGAAAAGUAUUCUGACGUUGUUUUGGGCAGGUCUCGCGACGAGUACUGUUCUUGGAUAGCGCAAAGAAAUAGUUGGGGUGGUGCUAUUGAGCUUGCCAUUUUUGCAUCCCACUACAAAGUUGUUUUUGAUAUUCAAGAAAUUCGAAGUAUAGAUGUUAAAAGCGGAAGAAUUGAUCGAUAUGGUCAAGGAAAUUACAGUCAAUGUGUGUAUAUAAUAUACAGUGGAAUACGUGAGUAUCUUUGUCUGAAGUAUCUUUCAAGCAUAUUGGUCGAUCAAUCAAACUUAUUUCAAACUUAUUUAGAUUAUGAUUCCAUUGCUUUUACACCAACUACCGAGGCCGGCCCUGAAUUUGAUCAAACAAUUUUUGAUGUGUCAGAUGAGAUUACUUUGACGGCUUCUAUUGAAAUUGCAGAUAAAAUGAAACAAAUGCGUAAAUAUACAUACACAGCUGAUUUCACUUUGCGUUGCGAUCAAUGUAAAAAAGGGCUAAAAGGGGAUAAAGAGGCAGUGCAACAUGCUAAAGAAACAGGUCAUUCGAACUUUGUUGAAUAUGCAUAG